AUGGUACUUCAGAUGAGAACAGAUAUAGUAGAAAGCAGUAACACCAAAUCCAGCGCUCCCCUUCUAACCCAAAGAUACCUGAGGAUGGUCACUAAAGAUGGACACAGCACAUUCCAGAUGGAUGGUGCCCAAGGAAAAGGUCUGGCAUACCUACGAGAUGCCUGGGGAAUAUUAAUGGACAUGCGCUGGAGAUGGAUGAUGCUUGUCUUUUCUGCUUCUUUUGUCAUUCACUGGCUAGUCUUUGCAGUGCUUUGGUAUUUACUGGCUGAGAUGAAUGGGGAUCUGGAGCUGGACCACGAUACUCCACCUGACAACCACACUAUAUGUGUCAAGUACAUCACCAGCUUCACAGCUGCUUUCUCUUUCUCACUGGAGACACAACUCACUAUCGGUUAUGGCACUAUGUUCCCAAGUGGGGACUGUCCUAGUGCUAUUGCCCUGCUUGCUAUACAGAUGGUCCUGGGGCUCAUGUUGGAAGCCUUCAUCACAGGUGCCUUCGUGGCAAAGAUCGCCCGACCAAAGAAUCGGGCAUUCUCCAUCCGCUUUACCCGCUCCGCUGUCGUGAGCCACACCGAGGGCAUGCCGUACCUUAUGUUCCAGGUGGCCAACACCCGUUCCAGCCCGCUCACCAGUGUCCAGAUUUCUGCUAUUCUUUACCAAGAACAGGAAAACGGACAGCUGCACCAAACUAGUGUUGACUUUCACCUGGACAGUGUUACUUCUGGAGAGUGUCCAUUCUUCGUCUUUCCACUGACCUACUACCACUCCAUCACUCCAUCCAGUCCCCUGGCUGCUCUCCUCCAAAGGGAGGCUACUCGCCAUUUCGAGCUAGUGGUCUUUCUGUCAGCUGUGCAGGAAGGCACAGGAGAAAUGUGUCAAAGGAGGACAUCCUAUCUCCCCUCAGAGAUCACGCUGUACCAUCGCUUUGCCUCCACGCUAGCCCGAAGUGCCAAAGGGGAAUAUCAGAUCAAGAUGGAAAAUUUUGACAAGACUAUUCCAGAGCUCCCAGCUGCAGCUGACUCAAAGAGUCCAAAAAGGACUGCCAAGGAGAUCCGCAUCAACGGACAGCACACUGACAGCUUCCAGCUCUCCGAGACUGGCCUGACAGAAUAG